AUGAUUUUGCCAUGGCUCGUCGUUCUUAUUGGGAUACCUCAGAUCAUCAAUUGCUUUUGCAGUGACUCAACAAAAGACGUUAAUAAAUCCUGUCAACGAAUCAAGGAUGCCAGAUUUCAAAUUAGAGGCGUUCGGGUUGUUCCAAUGUGGCAGUUUAUGUUGCUCAAUGAGCCAUUGCAUCGUGUUAAACGGAAUAGUUUGAACAACACGGAGAUGAAUAAUUUGCUAAGGACUCGUGGAAAGAAAAAAUGCAAGAGCUGUAAGAAAGUUGUGGAAGAAAAAAAAUGUGAAGCGUGUGCUCCAAAUUCUGAACAAAAUUCGGAAGCAGAAGAAGAGAUUGUCGAAACGGCAUUGAAGAAGAAUUUGAAUAUCCAGAUGAUUCCUAAAAAUCAUGAUAUUAAAUCAACUACAGUUGACCCAGAGGAACAAGAAGAACCAUCUGCGGACGAGAAAUCAGAAGUUGAACAAGAAAAUGACGAGGAAGACAUUGAAGAAAAGACAAUUGAAAAUAAUGAGGAGAGUAAUUUGAAAGAAACCGAAGAAGAAUCAGAAGAUGGCAAAGAAAAAAGUGAAGGUAGUGAAGAAGAAGAACAAGAAGAAGAAGCUGAGAAUUUGGACGUUUUCUCAUAUGUCAAUAGAGCUGCUCAAAAUCGACUGAUGCGGAUACAAGUUGUUCGCGGAAAAGGAGUUUAUCCCAAUGGAACAGAUAUCAAAAACGACGAUAAAGAAAAUAAAUCUGAAUAUGAAAACAAUAUUCGAAAAGUGAUGAAAAGUGCGAAAUACAUGGAUAAACCAAAUGUCAAAUAUUCAUAUCCUCCAAAGGAUACUGUUCCACUUCAAAACUGUUUCUACAAUCCUUCUGGGUAUGUUUGUUGCAAUUUGCAAUUGAAUAAUGUUAUCGAAGAAGCCUAUAAAGAGAUACGAGAAGCGCCGGAUUUUAAUUCAUGUAAUCUUCAGAAAAUCGCUAAUAAAGUUCAGCAUGUCUCUGAAAAAGCAUUCGAGCAUCCUUUUGAAACUCUUGUCGCUCAUGCUGAUUUUGCGCAAAACAUCAAUUUUGCUGGAGAUCUUGUGUGCAAACUAGAAAUCGAUGGAAAAUAUUUGAUUGCCUAUGGAACACCAUAUCGUGCUGAGGACGCUGUUGGACCAGAAAAACCAGACGGCCAGCAUUUACCGGCUGUUUAA